GGGCAGAGUGAGCAGGGAGAGGGGAGGCAGCAUGCAUGGAGUGUGAGACUGGGACUAGAGGAGUGAGGGAGCGACCUGUCCUGCAGUCUGGGACACAUACUGUAGGAGCUGACAGCCAGACAGACAGGAGACUCGCUGUAACUACAGAGAGGUGUGACACCACACAGGAGGGAUAGCUGAUACAAUGCUGUGCCCACUACAUGGAGUCCUGCCUGGCUGCUGCUGGGCAUAGAGCUGGGGUACAGGUGUCUGCAUAAGCUAGGCAUUCAGGGCAGACCUAGAUGCAGUGUGGAGGUAAAUAGAGGGUGGUACACUCAGUGUGUACCCCUCAGGCUGGUGAGAUGCCCACGUUGUUCCUGCCCUUCCUCCUGCUCCUCAACUUCAUGGCACUGAUGCCCUCCGAACGGCCCCCAAGUUGUCAUGAGGUGCGUGCAGCAUUUCAGCUUCAGCAGGUCGGGAGAGGACGGCUGGUGCCCGAGGUGCCAGUGGAGGAGUCCGACCUCCAGAUCUGUGAGCAGAAGACUCCUACGUGUUGCACAAGGAAGAUGGAGGAAAGUUACCAGACAGCAGUGAGGGGAAAGCUGGCUCAUAAUAUCCAAGCCUUGAACUUCGAGUUCAAAUUCAUGAUUGUCGCACAUACACAUGCCUUCCAAGAGACAUUCACAUAUUUGAUUGAUAUGGCCACAAACAACACGCUGUCUUUGUUUGAGGGCAAGUACCGCGCCAUGGCACAAGAUGUACAUGAACCAGUGCGGGAGCUGUUUACUGACCUUUCGCUUAAUAUCAUGGGUGCUGACAUGUCUUUGGAAGAUGCGUUUGCUCGUUUUUUUGAUGCUCUUUUCCCUCUGGUCUAUAACCACCUUAUAAACCCAGGGGUGGUGUCAUUAUCAGAGGAAUAUUUGGACUGCCUACGCCUGACACGACAGGAUAUUAACCCUUUUGGAAACACUUCCAAUGAGAUGGUUACACAGUUGUCCAAGUCUUUGUGGGCCAGCAGGAUGAUGAAGCGGGCACUGAACAUGGCAGAGCAAGUUAUAAACAGCACCGAGCAUGCAGGCUUGACACGAGAGUGUACCCGUGCCCUGGUGAGAAUGCAGUAUUGUCCUCACUGCCAAGGACUGACUCUAAUCCGACCUUGUGUUGGCUACUGUCACAACGUUAUGAGGGGAUGUUUGGCUAGCCUGGCAAGUCUGGAUGCCCCAUGGAGGGACUUUAUCAACUUGCUUGAGCACCUUGCUGAUCAGAUGUCGGGAUCACAUGAUCUGGAGCAAUCACUGUUAGGAAUCCGGGAUGUGGUUAACCAGUCAAUUCAGUAUGCAGAAUCACAAGGUCCCCACCUCUCAAAAAUGGUGGAGAAGGUCUGUGGGGAACUACAGGAAAGUCCGGUCAAAGUGUUGCCCGAGGUCAAGCUGAUAAAGGAAGAGAAGGUGGAAGUACCACAAGUGGAAAAGCUCCACUCGCUAGGGCACAUGAGGAGCUCUCUGCCUCUGAAAGCUGUGAAGAAUGACAGGCAUCGCAGUUUGAAAAGAAUUUCUCGUGAAUUUAUCAAGUACAUGAAGCCAUCAAGAAUGUUUUAUACCACAUUGGCUGAGCGUUUGUGUGAUGGAGACCUGGCAGUGAGAGAUGGCUCUACGUGUUGGAAUGGAGAGGAUGUGGUGGAAAGUUACACAAACUUGGUUGUGUCCAGUAAUUUUAAAGAUCAAGUGAAUAACCCAGAAGUGAAGGUCCGAGGGUCCAACAUCAUCAUUAAUCAAGUAAUCAACAAGCUGCGACUCUUUAUACAGAUGGGCAGUGAAAAAAGGAUCAAAGCGGAGCGAUGGCGGAUCACGGAGGGCAGCGGAGGAGGUGGCAGAACAGAAGGCGAGGAGGCUAGCGGUGACUGUGACGACGAGGAUGGCUGUCAAGGGUCUGGUGACAAUUUAGACAUAGGUACAAAGAAACGGACUGAUGAUUCCAUGGUCAACAAAACUAUGAAUGUUCCUAUCCUCCAUAAUCCAAGUGCCACCAAAACACCACCGAAACAGAGGAAUUCCUCAAGUUCCGCUAAUAGAUUGUAUGGUUGCUCAGCUAUUAUUGUGGCUGCCUUAUUAAUUAUGUGUCAGUUUAUAUCACAGCUUUGCAGUGCUGCAGCUACAUUUUAAAAAUCUGCUUACAAUCUUUUGACGCCUUAUUCAAGUGAAGCAAGAAAGUAGCUUUUUAGGACAAACGUAAAGAGACAGCAUGGACCUAAUGCUGAGUGACCUUGGAUGAGUCAGCCCACAGUUUAAAUGGGAUGACAAGCUGGCAAGCUAGACAUAUGUCUUGGGAACAGUAAGGAUCGAGGUGACAGAUAAUAAACAACUCUCGCACCUCGAGCAACAUGAAAACAAACUCUCAGUUAUUAAGCGGAUUGGUUUCACAAAUGUGAUUUACAGUUUGGAAGUGAAUCUUGGACAAAAUCACAGUGGAUGAACGUUCACAGUCCAAUUCCUAAUUUAAUAACUUAGAGACACCUGCCUUGUAAAUAAACUACCAGGACAGGGCUGGAGGAUACAUUUCUACUGCUGUGUGUGUCAGAUAUAUGAGUUUAAAUGCACUUUAGAAGCCAUUAAGCAAAGAUGCGCUUCCCAUUACAGAUACCUCUAGAAUUCUCCUCUUUGGGAUUUGUCACUUUGGUUCCCACUUUUAAAACCAGCAACUAUCUGUGUAUGUCACAUGUAUUAUUUUAUAUCCAUUGCCUUCUUCGUAUCUCCGUUUAGACAGAGCGUUUUUGACAUGGUGUCUUUUUCUUUUUAUAAGUAAUAUGCCAUGAGCACAGUACAGUAUGUCGGGCAGGCUUAGGAACAGCAGCAUUAACAUCAUUAAUAAUAAUCAAUAAACAUAAAAGUCGUAGGUCUAGACAACUGCAGGCAAUCCUGUGGGACAUAAUGAAA